GCGUUCGAUUGUGCGGUAGAACUUCUCGCAGCAGCAGCAGCAGCAGCACCAGCAGCUAGAUCACUCUCUAAGGCAGUCAAAAUGCGUGCUUUCGGUGUUGCGUUCGUGUGCGUAGCCGCGCUGGUUGCGGUUGUCCUGGCGGAAGCACCCCUACCCGGUGGUGGCGGAUAUCCGGGUGGAAAUGGUGGAAAUGGUGGCUACGGUGGUAACGGUGGCGGUGGUAAUGGUUUUGGCGGUGGAAACGGAGGCGGUGCUGGACCUUUGCUGCAGAAACCGACCGGCCAGCAAACGACCGAAGGGCUAAUGAUCGAUCCUCAGCUGCUGGAACAGGUGAAGAUGGUUCUGCUGCAGCACGAAAGCGAAUCCGCGUCCAACGGUGGCUCAAGUGGACCCAGCAGCUCGUACGGGCCACCACGUAACAUGGAACGUGUUGUUGGGCUGAUGCUGGAACAACCCGUCCAAAGCAUCCAGCUGGCUGAAUACUGGCAGGGUGAUCAACAGCCACCGAGCAACUCGUACGGACCACCAAGCGGCUCGUACGGUGCUCCUCAGUAAAUAGCAAAAUGUUCUCCCUCACGACGAGCUAAGGAAUAGGAGAAGAAGGAGGAAGAAGAAG